AUGUCACCAGCACUGCACUUACUAUACGCAGCACUUGACAUCGGAUUUGACGGCAUCAGCCCAAUAAUAGGCACCGAUGACAAUGUUGUGAAUGUGUACUUCGAUCUGUACUUCCCCAAGGCGGCGGUGGAAAACGCAAUAAGGGAGGGCGUGAUCUACUGGCAUGCCUUCCCAUUCAAUGGGCAGCUUGAGAUGAUGGAUGAGCCACUCAUCCGGUCCUCCAUCCACAUGACUCACAAGCUGGACAAAGAUUUUGGCUACCUACCCAAGAUCACCCUUAGCCAGAGGGACGUACCGGGCUUCACCAGGAAUGCGAUCCCCAUUUUGACAGCCGAAGGGGUGAAGGCUGUCACUAUUGGGGUUAAUGGCGGCUCGGCUCCCCCAGGGGUGCCCAAAAAUACCCCCUUCAUCUGGAGGGAUGAGCCCUCUGGGACGGAGCUACUGACUGUCCUGCACCCUGGUGGCUACUCUGGGGAGCCGGUGGAUGGGUUGGGGGAGUGUGUGAUUGUGGAGGGAUUUAAUGAUGUGCUCAACGUCUUUAAUAUCACAGAGACCAACUUCCCGGACGCUGAUGUGCAUGUCUCCACCCUGGACGCCUUCUUUCAGGCGCUGCUCACUGCAGCGCCGCGCCUGAACCUGUCGGUCGUGACUGGGGAGAUUGGAGAUUCCUGGAUCUAUGGGGUGGCGAGCGACGCUCUCAAGGUGGCGGAGUACCGAGCUGCACUGCGAAUGAGGAGAGAGCUGCUGCAGCAAGGGGGAUGGCAGAGCAGCAAGGGCUGGAAGGCAUACCAGAACUUCAGCAGGAUCCUUAGCAAGGUGCCGGAGCACACCUGGGGGCUGGACGUGAAGACUUUCUUGGGUGACUACGCAAACUGGGACAACAAAGGGUUCCACCAGCUUGUGGCGGCAGGGGCCUGGAAUUACAGGCAGAGGGCCUAUGUUGGCUGGGCAAUUGAAGCUCUGCAUGGGACACCUGAGGGCGCUGCAAUGGAGAGGGGAAUGGCGGAACUGCUUGCGCUGCAAAGGGCGCCCUCCAUCAAUGACAGCUUUGCGCGGCUGACGCCGGACUCCAAGCUGACCUUCGAGUCACAUGCCUGGCUCAUCACUCUUGACCCUGCCACAGGGGCUCUGGCGGGGCUGCAGCGGAAGUACGCGGCCAAACUUGGCGCACAGUGGGCGGCGACGGGGCGGCCGCUGGGGCAGUUUGUGUACAGCGCGUACACAGAGAAGGACUACGAGAUUAUCUGGGACGAGUACCUGUACAUCAGCCGGGACAACUGGUGGGUCGACAUGGACUUUGGCAAAGCCAACUGCUCCGCCGCGCACCCGCGCCGCGCUGACGUUGCUCCCAGCCUGCAGGACGUGUGGGUUGCUCAGGGCAAUGGGAGCCUGCAUCUGGUGGCGAGAUCAACGUUGCCGCGAUGGGCGGUGCGCAAAGCCGGAGCGCCUGCAGAGGUGUGGCUAGACAUCCAGUCAGCCGCCGGCAGCGAUGACAUCAGCUAUGAUGUCAUCUGGGUAAACAAGACAGCCACGCGCCUGCCAGAGGCGGCAUGGGUGAGCUUUGCUCCGGACAUCAAUGCAGCCAACAGCAGCUCAUGGCAGAUGUUCAAGCUGGGCCGCCCCAUUUCGCCGCUUGCAGUCAUUUACAAUGGUUCUCAUUCCCAGCACGCUGUGUCAGAAGAGGGCGUUGUCGUGACCGGGGCUGGCAGCCACGCCUGGGAGCAGCUCAAUGUCAGGCAAGCCACUGACUACCAUGGACGGACGCUGGACGCUGCUCUGGUCAGCCCGGGGGAGCCGACGCCGUUUCCUAAUGUGCGCCAUGCACCGGAUCUGUCAAAGGGCGUUGCCUUCAACCUCGCGAACAAUAUCUGGGGUACAAAUUACGUCAUGUGGCAGCCAUAUGUGCAGCAGGGAGCCACAAUGAGGUUCAGGUUUGAGAUCGCAGCGGGGCCGGUGCAGCCGGCGCCUGCGCGGGAAACAGACCAGAGCGGCUUGAGUUCUGCCUCAAGCUUGAAUGCGGGAAUCGCCGUGGCCUGAACAUGGUCAUCAGUUCGGAGGCUCAUGCUGGUCUUCAGUAUGAGAAGAUAGUCAGCUACCCAUGGUGCGGCAGAUCGGCAUCGUGAACAGCAAGCUUGCUUAGCUAUAUCAAACAGAUUGCUCUGACUCCUGAAGUCUAGCAAAUAUACAAAUUUCAUUUGCAUUGCGCACUGCACUGCCAUGCGCAGGCCGGCAAUCCGAUACGAGGGCUUACGGACCAUGCUUGCAUGAUUGAGCUCGAGGUGUCAAUUGCAAUCAACUUGGGGUGCAGUACUCCAUUGCAACUGAGUCAUUUGAGUAAUUGCAAUUGGUAAUCAAAUUAUG